GCUCAACCGGACUCACCGGGGAACCGAGGGAUGUCCCUACGGCUGGGAGUACCAGGCAGGAGAGGGGCUACACCACAACAUCGUCACUCAGUAGCGCCCGCAGCCCGGUGACCGGGAGGACGAGGUGGAAGGGGGAGGAUGCCCGCGAUUCCCGGCGUCACCAUCCGGCCGUACCGCCCGGGGGACCUGCGAGAGGCCCAGAGCAUCGUGGGGGCCGGGUUGAUGGGGCUUGUUCCCUCCGCGUUCGGGCGUGCUGCCGGCUCGCCCUCCAACGUGGCCCUGGUGGCGGCGCUGGCCGGAGCGGCCUACGCCCUGAGCUGGUCCCUGGCCUGGGCCCUGGCGACAGGGCUGACCGCGCUGGGGCUCCUCUACCUGCUGUGCAGGGGCCUGUUCUCCUCCUACGUCCGGGAGGUACUGAGGACGGACAUGGCGGACAUCGAGGGCAGCUACCCGUGGCGGGAGGGCUGCGGCUUCUGGGUGGCCCAGCAGGAGGCGCCGGCAGCGGGGCUGGUGGGGACGGUGGCGCUGGCCGGGGAGCCGGCGGCGCCCGGGGCGUGCCGCCUGCUGCGGCUCUCGGUGCGGCGCUCGGCACGUCGCCAGGGGGUGGCGGAGGGGCUGGUGAGGACCGCCCUGGCUUUCGCCUCUGCCCACGGUUACCGCCAGUGCGUCCUGGAGACCUCGGUGCUCCAGCAAGCCGCCCUCGGGCUCUACCGGAAGCUGGGGUUCCGGACGGUGGCAUCGGAGCUCCCGGCUCAGUCCGCUCUCCUGAGCUACCUCACCAAGAUCACCCUGACCCACCUGGAGAAACGGCUGUGAGCGGGCGCGCGG